UUUUUUUUCUAACUGCCAGUUGCUAGAGGGGGUGAGCAAUCAUUUAACUUUGCCUUUGUCCCUUUUGUAAAGCUUUCAGGAGAGCCAAACUCUUCAGCAAGCCACCAGUUAAUUGAGCAAUUACAAAGCGAGAAAACCGAACUUGAGAGUAGAUUAGAACAGGUAAGCUGCACUGUAUAUUAGUUCAUUUUCAGUUGAUCGAAUAAAGGAAUAGUACAAACUAGAUAAUAUUUUGAUGCUUGAAAUCACAACUUCUGCAAAAUAUUAAGAUGUAGGAUACCAUCAACAGCAAAAAAAAUUGUGGUGUUUACUGUACUGGAACCAAGAAAAAUUGCUGUGAACCAGAUAUGGGGAUGUUAAUCUGACUAUUGUAUAUUUUUUCCCUUGUCAUCAAAGGUUAAUAGUACUGUACAAAGAAUUGCAACAGAUAAAGGAGAACUCCUACAACAGCACGCAGAAGAAGUAGACCAGUAUGAGAGAAAGUUAAGAGCCUUGACAGAUGAGGUCAGUUCAGUUGCUUUGAAAACAUUUACUUCACUCUUUAUUUACCCCUAAAUUUCGAAGAAGUGCUUUUAUAGCAGACGUAUUUACAUGUAGGUUCUGGAGAGAGCAUUUUCUAACCUAAUGACGAUUUUAUCGGGAAUUUGCACCACAUUACCGCUCAAGAGUAAGUUAACAUAACCACGAAACUUGAUCCUCCUAAACGUCGCGGAUCAAGGCCCAAGUCGAGUUUCGAGACGUUCGAGUCGAGUGUCCGGAUGCUCAUAACGAGUUUCGAGACACUCGAAAAGAGGAAACAAAGGAAUUUUCGCGUGAUUAAUUUUUCACUGGACUUGAAGCUUCUUACCUUUAGUCGUAUUCACGGGAUGAAAAUCCUAACAGCGUGCAUCGUUGCCGGUCCGGCGAAACUUUUCCCGAACAAGUUGUGAUAGUUUUGACAAUAACCUCGUAAAUUCUUAUUUUUACUCUUCGUUGUCUCGCCUAAUUAUUGUUAAUGUUUUGCCGCGUCGAAGAGCAUCGCUGCCACUCGGCCAUGUCAGACAUUUCCUUUAUUAACAAAUCUCCCGUUUCUUCUCACUGCGCUCUUUGUUUGGUAUUGGAAACUCUUGUCACCCUUUUAACAAGGCAGAUGCAAAACCAUCCCCAUCCAGACUUGCUUUUCUGACUUUCUCGGUUUGCUGCCGUAGAUACAACUUUGCUUUCAAUAAUAUUGGCUACGUGUGAAUUUUAACUCUGUUUUGAUUGGCUCUUGUAAUUGUUUUGGUUUUAGUUUCCCAGUAUUCAAUCGUAAAUUUAUCGAAAGCUUAUUACCUAAAAGUAUUAACUCUAAUGAUUUCAAGGCUGCACACUUUUCACGAAUCAACGUUAAAGGGAAAUGAUGCCUUCAAAAAGGUUGGCCCUCGUCCUCCUUUAAAUUUUGUGUGAUCUAGUGUUAUUAACGCCGCGGUCAAACGUCUGCGCAUAUACGAACGUUGUAAUGACUAGGUGGCGCGCUUUCAGGCUGUCAGAAUCAAGUUGUCUUGCACGAGUUACAAACAACUACACAAGCCAGUAAGUCACGGUGUUUUCAAAGCUUAUAACCUUUUUGCCAAAGCCCAAAACAGACUUUUAAAUCAACAGGAUACCCGUACUUGAAUAAGCUUUGUGUUUGAAAAGUCUCGAGUUUUCCUUUUCCCUGCUUUUGUUUCCUUUUACAGAUAUCGAUGAAAAUUUCAAUUUACUUUCGCUUAUUUAGCGAGACAGCGGUUAUUUCUUACGUUUCCUUAGAAAUUUGGCGCGGGAAAUUGGCGCGCGGGCGCCCAAAAUUUAUGUACAUGAUCAAUGUUUGACCGCUGUGUUGCUCUGCCUCAGCAGACACUGCAAGUGAACCGCAGACUGACUAACUGCAGGCGCUACUCCAUUGUCUUCCCAGACAGACGGAUGCUAACAAGUAUGAACAUGCGCAUAACUUAUGAUAACUUUGCUUUUUUUAUUUUUAUUUUGAAGGUGGAGUCACAUGACAGAGAAAAGAGGUUUUUGAUUGCGAAUGAGAGUGAACUUCAAGACACAGUGCAGAGUUUACAGAAGGAAUUGGGUCAGUAUGAGUGCAAUGGGUGAAGUUCAUUUACCUACAUGUACACCGUUAUUUUGAAAGAAUUUCAAAUCACAUUCGCCUACAGUUCGUCCCUUAACGAAUACUUCAAAAAAUCUAUUGUGUUCACAAUUCAGUUUUAAACUUACGUUCAUGUGCUCCCUCUUCUUGUUAUACGCAGCUGAUCUGCGAGACAAGGAAGCAAGUCUGCAAGUAGAAUCAACUCAGCUUGCCGCAGCAGAGAUUGAGAGAUUAGCGGAGGAUAAACAGAGGCUGGCUGAACACUUACAGCAAGAGGUACAUGCAUUGCCUCACUUUUUUAACCCAGUUUUUUUUUUCUUUUUUGCGCCAUAGCAAUUCCCUAAUAUUUUCUCAUUAUUCAGACUCAUUAAUGUCUCCGUUUUGUCAUGCAUCAACCUCACAAGGCGAUACCCAUUUCCAAGUCAAAACCAUUUGUGUAAUACUGAUAUUUCAAAUGACUCAUUUGUUACAUUAACUUACACAGACCAACAGAAUAAACUGACCUUAUCGAGAGAUUGAAGCUGACUACUCACAACCGAACUUCGCUGUAAAUACAAAUAACAGAACAGCAAAACUGACUAAUCAGUUUCAACGAAUCAGACUUCAAACAAAUGAGUGACAACAACUUAUAACUUGAUCCUGGUAAUGAUUCCUGCUCAAGUUGGAGAAAUGUCAGUUUGUCAGUCACAGUCUUUUUCGAGGGUUACGCCCACCCUAAUAAUAACUCUAUGCGAUCGAUGACCUGUGUUUUCUUUUUCCAUACAAAUGUAUGAAUCUUCCACACUGUCUUAUCUUCCUUACGUGCUGUUUUCAUCAGAUCUUUUAGCACAUUAUUACAAAGGUUUUUUUAGAUGCAUGCAUUUCUAUUUCUCUUUAUAGGGUAAAGAAAAUUCAAGACUCGUAAGGUAAGUGUUGUAAUGCAAUGUACCAUCGUGCUGUAUUUAAAUGUCUCUGUGCAUGAAGAGAACUUCAGGUCUUGACAGUGCAUGAAAUUCCUAACGGGGAGUAGCCUGGGGACUAGUCAUCUUGCAAGGGUCGGAGGAACUUUUUUUUCGGAGGGGAGGGAAGGGGAGGGUGACCGCAUGGUUUUCAGGGGGGUCAAAAGGAGACUGUCGUUUUACUCAUAGAAGACAUCUUGUUUCCACUGCGCUCCUCAACAGCAGUCGAUCUUUCAAGUUCUAUACGCAUCACUGAAAUGAGUUUUUCGCUUCCGUCUAAUACGUUGCGGACUUCUUAAGGAAACAUGUUCUAUGACUUUUAGGGUUCAACAGAUCAUGCUUCGGAGUUGUUGGUGGCUCUCGGUCUUGAAGUUUGUCGGUCGUGGAAAAAGGCGCAUUGAACAUUGUUGAUUUAUUUAUGCCUUCCUUAGGGAGCAGGAGAAAUAUCUACUGAGAAUACAGGAGCUAGAGACAGCCGUAGCCCGCCUGGGUGAGGAGUCUAUUGAUAAAGCUACUCUCCUGGAAAGUGUUCAGAGUGACAAGGAGACUAUCAGCAGGUCAGAAAACCUCAUUUUUUUAUUUCCCCUUUCACUCCCAAGAUGUCCUUUCUGUCUGCCCUACAAUUCUCAUGAUGUUAGUUCGGAGAAUUUGGCAUCGGAUCAACUUAUAAUCCCCUAUUUGAUAUUUCUCCGCAUUCGUAGCACUUGUCUGCUUGAAAUUCAUUUUGUUAGUUUCUCAGCAAGAGAAUAAGUGGCAGUAAAUGGUCUAAAAAGCGGGCACUCGACACUAGCUAAACUAUGUGAGAAAAUCCAGUUUGAAAUUGUUGAUAUUUACAUCAGUACCUAUGACUAAUGAUUAAGUUUAUGAACCCCCUCCCUAUUUAGGUGUAAAUGCCUUGAGUGUCAAGUUCAAAAUCGCGUUUUCUCGGAUUACUUUUACCACAAAUUUCAUGCUGCAGCUAUUUAUUCGUGUUCUUUACAGAGCUUUGAAACAGAAUAAAGAUUUAAAGACCAAGACGGAAGAAUUGGAAGAGAGAUUUAUAAAAAUGGUAUGUAUUUUUAUAAUGCUCAACGUCAUUAAAGAGUUCUUUUAACCUUUGGUUUCCUCAUAUCUUCUAAAAUAUGAACUAAAUCCCCCAUUCGUUUCGCCUUUUUCUACUUUUGUCACUCCAUGGCAGCUUUUUCAACUAAAUAUAUGCCGCCUGUCAUGAGGAUGUGAUCAUUUUUUCAAGUGGUAGUCUUUGCACAGCCUUUUUGCCUUUUGUCUCCCCUUUAACCCUUUAACUCCCAUGAGUGACCAAGACUGAAUUUCUCCUUACAAUAUCAAUACAAAAUGAAGCAGACAAGUGACGAGAAUAUAGAAAAAUAUCAAUUAGGGGAUUGUAAGUUGAUCCAAUACCAAAUUCUCUAAACUAACAUCAGAAGAACUGUAUGACAGACGGUAAUGAGUCUUGGGAGUUAAAGGGUUGCUUGGCAAUCAAGUACACCAGAGCGCGCGGAGCAUAAGCUGAACAAGCAUAAAGGCGAUCAGACUUGAACCUGAACUUGUAUAAACUUGUUGGUUGACAGAGUCAAGAAAACAUGGAGCUCACAACACGUUUGGAAACUGAGCAACAUAUGGCUAAGGAACUCGCAACAAAACUGAGCGAUAUGGGAGUUGAACUGGAAGAGUCCAAACAAAUGGUGGGUGUCGUUAGGAUCCAGUAGUAAGAGAAGGAAAGAGAAUUAGCGAGACUAUAGAGCUCUUUUUGUUUUGUGAGGCGAAUGAACCGCUGUUUACGCAAGGCGCGGCCUGAAUGAGACGCGAAUGUUAAUUUAUGUAAAUGGAAUAUUUUGACUUGUACAAGCUGCUGUUACGAUCAGUGUUUCAGUACAUGAGGAGAUCUGUCCUUGGUAGACACUAGCGAUAUUGUGUGCAUGUACUGAAAAUGUUCAGAACACUAUUAGAACAAACUAUAGCCAGGAAAAAACAUUAUCUUUUAAAAAAAACUUGAGAUUCGCCUACUUCACAAGUCGCUUAUUGAUUCCUCUGUUGUAUGUAGCUCCUUGUGAGGAAUUCUGAGGUUCAGUCACUUACAGCAGAACUGCAAACUGCUAACAACAACCUUAGAGAAGAGGUUAGUGAGUCUGUUCUAUUAUUUUGGCAUUCUUUUUUAAUGGUACAGCUCAUCCGCCAUUUCGUCUUCCUGAACAGGUAAUCAAAGGAGAGAGUGUGAUAUCUUCACUCCGAGAUGAACUUGAUGUAUCGUCACAAACGUUCCUUGAUCAGGUUUGUAACGCUUUGCCACAAUUCAAGAGUAACCUACCUAUGUGAAAAUUAUCUUCAAGACUUCGACUACGGCCGCUGCCAUUUUGAAUCCUGCUUAGCAGCUUAGCAACCUGGCCCUUGUGACGUAUUUUAUGGCUGAUUCCGUCUUUUUUCCAUCUUUGGCGAUCUACUUGAACAACGAGGAGCUACAACAUUCUUUACACUGAUAAUUAGUUUUCGCGAUAAACAGACAGCAGCUAUUUGUGAAUUGCACAUCGUGGCUCCCACCUUUAAAAUUGUCGAACAUUGUGUGAGUGUUAACAAACCCUACUAUUAUGGAAUCGUUUUUCUAUGAAUUUGGACCCGUUAUGUGUUGCUAGAAAUCGUUUCGUCAAACCUUUUAAAAGUACAUUAAAGAUUUACUAAAGAUCUUAGUAGCCAGGCUAAGCCACGUACUGUUUGAUACAAAUUCUCGCGGUUUUUUUUCCUUGGACUUACGGUCUAAGGGGGAAGCAAUGAGGAAGAAUUCGUUCCGGAACGUACUCUACGGAAUUCCAACACGAUUGUUGAGAGCUUAUCUUAUUUUCUUUCUCAAGAUGACUCACCACUUCAUUUAACUGAACCUAAUCAGUAACGGGAGUUUGUUGACGGUACAAUCACAGCGAUGAUGAAACAUCUUAAAAAUAUUGACCUUGAUUACAAGAUUAUACGCUAUCCUGAGCUGUGGUAAUUUCUGUCAACUCCUGUGUUGUGUAUUGCCGUUCCCCUCGGUUACACUUCCUCAUGACGAUGUGAGGCGGUCCCUUCUAGCAGAACUAACUUGAUUUGAUUUGGCUCGAGCCAUUUCAAAUACUUGACUUAAAUCGCGUUCAAAGCAGAAAUUUGUGCUCAGUGAAUUAUGUCAUGUCAUACCCAUAUGAUUGUCCCUUAAGUGUUUACAUCAAUAUUCACAGAUCAAGCAGAAGGACUUUGAAAUUUCCGCUAUUCGUGGAGAAAUCGAUAGAUCAUCAGAACCACUCAGAGAACAGGUAACUCUCUUUUACUAUAAUAUUCCUCUCACUCGUUGAUCAGGUGAAAUAUUCUCAUAACCCACACGGUUCAAGUUAUAGAAACACUAAGAAAAGGAAUAACUUGUAACUCUAGCUCGUAGCGGUAAAGGAGAAAUAGUUUCGUUUGAUGUGUGGAGCAUUAUAACAACGUUUGUUGCAAAAUACUUAAUUGGCGUUCUCCUUCUCAGUAACUUUAUUUGGUAUCUGAGUUCAAAAAGGAUAUAACAUCUAGAGUGUGGUUUAUCUGUGAGAAAAUAAUAUUAGAGGUAACAAAGAAUUGUUCCUUCUUGUAGCUGGCCAAAAAAGAGUUUGAAUUGGCCACUCUCAAGGAUGAGCUAAGCCAAUCAGAGGCGAGGCUGACUGAACAGGUACGUCGUGUUACAGCACAUUUUAUGCCUCAAGGCAUCUGAAAUUAGUAACGUACGUAAAAAAUAAAUAAAAACUCAGUUUGCCUAGCCUAUUGUUCAGGCGUCUUGUUUGGGAGAGUAAACGUUACAAGUUCGCGAUCGUUUAUUCGACCGGCCACGUUCGAUUCAGAGUUAGAGUAAACGGUGGGGGAGGGGAAAGGCGAGAAGAUUUCUACUGCCCCACCCCCUCCCCUAUCCUUCCUUUUUAAUGUUGAUUACCUCUUUCACCACCCUGCCUUCCGUUGGUGUAAAAAUCAAAGAAGGCAGCUAUAAUUUUCAUCAAGAAAAUACUGAGCAACUCGCUCGCCAAAAUUACGCUUGCUCAGCAGGCUACAGUUUGCUUUGUAUUAGGGUUUAUGGUAGAAAAGUGAACUUUCCGAAAAUUGUCUACGGCAGUUCAUCUAGUUUGAUCAACUUAUAGUUGACAGUUCGACAUAAAAUCUGGUACCAUCAUCAUAUCUGGUUUAUCUUGAAACUCACCGGUUUGUGUUUUCACUUCUAGUUCCUCUUGAAUGAGGACAGUCAGACGUACAGGAAUGAGGCUGAACUUACUAACAGUUUACGACAAGAACUGCAGUUAGCCCAGGUAACAGAUCCACAUAAUGCUCUCGUUAAUAAGCUUCUAAAACCAAGUGACUCAAUAAUAUACUACCUUCAAGAUCCGUGGAACGACCAUUUUUUUUUCCAACUUUUCUACCAAAAUUCGGUGAAUAGUUUUUAAAUUUUCGUCCAGUUUUGAGUUUGUAUUGUUUAUCCAGAGCAAAGGGAAGAAGUUGGAUUGCAUUGGUUAGUGUCCACACUGGCGUUCGGAAAGCUGUUGAUAACAAGAAAUUGGUCAUUCGGUAUUGCCCGUGUUGUCGGCUGCUUAUGACACCGUGGAUCAUACGCUUUCGUUUCUACUAGUUCAGGAUUAUAUCGAACGCUUUUUUACUGACUUAUAAUGUUAUAGAGGGACUGGCACCGAGCGGGAAGGGAAGGUCAAGGGGUUUCCUGCAGUGGACGAGUAUUACAUCUAGAGGGAGUAGCUGUGCUCUUAGUCUUUCUAUGCUCCUGAAACCCGGUGCAAAUUAGCUCCGGAAGCUCUGCGAGUAAGUCUCUUAUAGAGACUUUGCACUAAGAUGAUGAUUACCUCCGUUUCCGUUUAGGAAUCGAUCAGGAUAUUAGCAACCGACAAUUCUCAGCUGAAAGCAAUGUUAUCCAGUAUAGAGAACCACAGCAGCAUGGAACCAUCACCAGGCGAGAGUAAGUUUACUUAUAAAUAAAAGGGGUAAGUUCCUAAAGAAACUGUGAUGCUGCGUCGGCGGGAGAGUAUAGCAGGGUAGUUUCGUGUUAUCAACUGAGUUGAAAACGUAAAUUGGUCACCGUAAAGAGUUCAAAGGCUGACGUUUCGAGCGUUAGCCCUUCGUCAGAGAUAAGUUUGCUUAUAACUUGGUAUUGCGUCAAAAGCAAUACGAAUAACAGGAAUGGCAACAAGAUUACCAGUGAUGAUGAUGGUGUUAGUCGAGGAGUGAGUUACUUAGAUUAGAAGAAGUUUUCGGUUCUUCAAAUCCUGGCAAAUCGCACGGAUUAUUAGCCUGUAACGCUCAGAAGAUAUCAACAUGCAAUUUCUCUUUACUGUUUCAAUUCAUCAUCCACCAAGCAGGUGGUAAGAAUAGACAAACUUAUCAGUGUAAGGGUGUUUUCUUGUAUCGACAUUAAAUUCUCCUAACUGAUUUACCAGGAAAUAUGAAAUACCCAGAAGGGAGAAUUAGAAAAAAGAUAUUGGUAAUUAAUGGAGUUACACUAAUAUAUACGCAGGUUCAGAUGACUCAGAUGACCCAGCUGUGACUCACGCAGGUCACGUGUACAACGGAGAUGCCGCCUUUAAUAUCAAGAAGCUUCCCCCUGAGGAGACCUCGAUAAAAGCCACGAAGAAUACUUUGGAGGAGUCAUCACCAUACAUGAACGGAGACGUGAGCGAAGGAGAGAGCCCUCUGGACACGGACUCCAGUGAGGAUAUGAAUAUGGCACCUCACAACAGCUCCCCGCCCACGCCCCCUCCCCCACCAUCCAAAUACACCAGCAGAGAAGACAUGGUGAGGAUAAGGUGUAGUUUAAAGUGGACGAGUGAAUGGGGAAGUAGUAUGCAAGCGCCCACCCCCCGAUUUGUUAAUGAAAUAUUGAGUAGAGAGUAACGGGGUUAGUUCAGCAAACUCUCCUGUGAUCCUCUCCCCACCCCUCUCCUCUCCUCCCUUUCCCCUCUCCUCUCCCCUCCUCCUCUAUAAACUAUUUGUGAAACCACUCAAUUGACGUGGCUGUGAAUUUGUCUUAAUUACAUCUUGCCCCCAUUACAGCACCUUGCCAAUAGUAUUAGAGGGUCAAUACCUUAAGUUGUGACAGAGGAGGGCAGCAUUCUCACCAAUUCCCACCAUGGCAACCAAGCUACUGCCUGGCAACAUAAAACUGCUGUGUGGAAUAAAUACUCAGCCAAAAAGAGGGAGGGAGGGCAACAAAGCAAAUAAAGUAGGAAAGCAAAUUUGCGAAAUCAUGUGGCAUUGCCCCUGUAAACCUCCCAGCAAGACCUUCCUCCUUCCUCCCCCCUUAUUCUUUCCAACCACCAACCUCGCAUUGGUGAGACCGCUGUAUUGACUCGGUUUUCACCUCUUUUAGGUUGAUUCAUUGUCUGCGUCCAUCCGACAACUUGAGAUGGAGCGAGACCAGCUGGCUGAUAUUUUACAUCGAACGCAAGAUCAACAGGAAGACGACAUGAUGAGAUUACAACAACACUUGGAACUACAGCUCAAACAGCAGCUCCAACAACAAUAUAGACAGGUACGUAAGGUUUUACCCACGAGCUUUCUUCCUUUCGUAGCGUAUUUCUUUGCGCGCGUCGGUGGAAAUCAGUGAACAAAGAUAUUCCGGUGUCGCGUGUUGCUCACAGAGUCUGCGCCGACAGACUCUGCGCCAUCUGUGUUGGGUAAUUGUUGGGAGAUUUUGAUAAGAAGUUGCACGUUAGUUGCGUCUGGAGAGUAACUGGUGAAGCUAAAACUUUCCGUUUUUAUUUCCUUCAUUUUGCAUUGUUAUCUUUUUGCCUAAGUUUUAUGAAGGGAUUUUCCAACAAAAUUUUUACCAUGCAUAAUCUUAGAAUCUCAAACGCUCCUUUUCUCGAAGGCGUUCUUGACCUACUAACCCAAACUGAUGUGACCCAAGAAAAAGCCGCUUGCAAUAGUAUAUCUAGAAUGCCGUAAUUAUGUAGUUUAGUCAUCAUGCGUGACCGAUAUUGAUCAUCCCAUAGCGUGACAAUCACCUUAUUUCUUGCAAGGUUUAGCGUGGCAUUUCGGUACCUAGAGUGAACCAGCAUGACGUAGUCUAAAAUUAUUUCUAAGUGCACACUGGAAAAUUAAUUUUUUGCUUGUUGUGUGACGAAUCUUCUCAUGUGACAGGUGCAAGAGCAGUUUCAGCAACAACUUCAUGAGCAGCAGCAGAAGAUUCAACUGCUGCAGGCUGUAGUUGAAAAACAGAAGGAUCAGAUCGAGAGGAAGGAAGAGCCAGAGCUACCCAACAUUCCACUCGAUCAGCUCAGUGAUAAAGAUAUGUCACACGAAGCAAUUAAGAUGGCUUUCAGCAAAUUGCAGGUAAUGUGCCGAUAAAAUUAUAAAGCUGAUCGAUACUCAAAGUGGAAAGACAAAAGAAUUAAAAACGAUUUAAACCUAGACGAUGAAUGAAGAUGUUUUAUCAGAAGUCAUGGGAACUCAGACUUUUCCGUUGUUGAAAAUUAGCAGAUCCCAAUUGUUACUUUUUCUUUAUUACUGUUCCUGUUGCUUGUAAGACAACAACGAAAUUUAUUUUGUUUAAAGCAUCCGCCACCUCGGAAAGAAACUGCGCUAAGAAGUUUCUAUCGCUUGAUGACAACAGCCCAAUUUUUUUGCAGCACUGUCGACUUUUUCAUCAUCCUCCCGAGGACUUUAAAGAGAAAAAAAAACAAAAUUAAUCCUCCCUACUGCGGCAUUUUCCUCCAAUUUUAGUGAAUAUCCCUUUGUUUAUUGUCCAUGUCCUUGAUGACUAUUUAUUCCAGGCGCGGUUCAUGAAAUUAAUGAAUGAAAAAGCGUCCCUCAUAGAGAGAAUUCAGGAACUUGAACAUGUCACCAUACAACUGUCCCACGAAACAGAGACUAUCGGUGAGUACCUCCUAUGAGUUCAUUGAGAGAAGGGCCGGAUGAAGAAGUUCUUGUGAAUUUACUUUCUCUGGUGACGUUGGAGUAAUUUUAUUAUGAUUAUCGUUGUUUGGUUUUGUGAUACAACGGCAGACAGGGUGGUGAGGAUGGAAGUUGCGCUUUUGUGUUGAAGCCCGAGUACUUGUAAGAUUUCUAUUUUACAGUGACAAGGCUGUGUACAAUCUCAGGGGAAUGCAAUUGCUCAGCAAAAUUCGUCCCAACCCAUUGCCCAUAAUACUGCUCGUAGCUCUUAAUUUUUCUCACCACGAUGCAAAAUACCACAAACUUAGCCGGUGAAUGUGAAGAGCUAGUGCCCACUCCACCCUUUCUGUUCUAUCGCGGUUUGCUUGUGCUUACUGGGGAACAAUUUUAGUAAAGACGCAGCACUUUUUGCGCCAAUUAAAUGCAGAGCUUAAACGAGUCGAGAAAACGUCAACGUCUUAGGUCGUCAUGUUUACGUGUAAUUUUCCCACUGACUCCGUGGAGUAUAAACCUUGAUGUUGUGAUGACUUUAAUUUUGACUUUGCAUUCCAAACUUCAACUAAUACCUGACAUGUUUCUUGGCUUUAAUGUAUGUAGGGGAGUACAUCACUCUUUAUCAAACCCAGAGGAAUGCUCUGAAGUCUUAUUACAAAGAUCGAGAGAAAAUCAUUGCUCAGUUGUCAAGCGAAAAGGCCAACAUGCAGGUCUGUGGUACAUAAAUAAUGUUUCUAAGUUCUGAACUCGUACUGAUAUCAUUUCAUAGGCAGGCUCUUUUAUUUUCAUCAGCUGAAUGGUUGAAACUACAGUAUUGUGAAAACAGCUGAGAAAUAGUUUAUUCAUCUAUCCCGCUGACUCUAAAUAUAAGAUGCGUCCUUUUACUGGAGGCAUGUUUCUCUGCUUAGACAUAGAAAUCUUAAAAUAAAAAGUGGCAGGGAAAAUAAAACUUUUGCCUCAAGAGGUUGAAUUUAUUUCCUCACGCCGACAGAACGGGAAAUUCAUCCAACUUGUCAAGAGCUUUCGGGUGACGUCAGGGUGAACCUUAUACCAUCCUAAAGAAAUCUUUCCACAUUUUCCACAAUUUUGAUCUUAUAAAAAAUGUCAAUCAUUUGCGAGUUGGACGAAGAGAAAUCCUGCGCCUCCUGUGAGGGUCUAGGAUGUAAAUUUUUAUAGAGUGUGCAGAUUUUCUUUGUCCUACAUCCUUGAGAACUGUUAUCAAAACAUUCUUCUUCAGUCAACGGAUGAGCUUCAGAGUGUGCGAUCUUUCUUGCUCUAAUUCCAAUCUUGUCACUGCCCCCCCCUCCGGCCCCUUAGCACGGGUGACUUGAAGUUCUUAACAGUGCCUGCAAAUUUCAGAGAAACUCUCCCUCAAACAUUUUUCAUCUGCUAUCUCUUGUUGGAUUUCAGGAUAAGAUGAACCAACUGCAAGAAUUGGUCAAACGUAUGCUGGAGGAAAGAAAAGAACUCAGAAUUCAGCAACAUCAGUUACAAAACGUUAUAAACAGUCGGAUGGUGGCGCACGAACAUGAAGCUGUCAUUUCUGGUACUCAACAUGACGACGACGUUGUAGUACCGCGAGCGGAAUUAAGCUUAGAAAGCGAAACGAACAGUCAAAGCUGGGACGACACUGAUGUGUCGAAAAGUUCAAGCGUGGAUGAGACAGAAAACGAACUUAAUCUACUUCAAAAUGAGGUGGAGUUAGAUCAAAAUGAUGGAACUGCUCGUCAAAUUCUACAGAUUUUAGAACAGUUAGGACCUACAGAAGACGGUGCUCAUAAAGGCGGGAUGUCUCCUGACCUACUGAGUAGAGAAUUCUUACCGUGUCGAUCUUGCGGAGGACGCGUCCUUAGAUUAUAGUCUUAAAACAGAAAUAUUUUUAGCUCAAAUCAUAAAUAAUGGCUACAACAAGUAGGAACUGAGGUCGUGAGUAGACUGCGGAAUAUGUCAGGCCAACAUAGGUAGGAUAUACAGGGUUUGCACGGAUCAUGAACGUCUGGAAGGUCGUGGAAUUUCUCAGAAUCAUGUUCCAAACCUGGAAAUUCUUGAAAUUUGAGUGUGGGUCAUGAAAAGUUAACGAAAAUGACUAAAAAAGGAAUUUUGUGAUUGUUAAGGAAAAUUGCAUUCGUUACAUGAACGUCUUCGCGAUGUUCUGAAGCCAACUUCUCGAUCGUAGGACAUGGAAAAAGUUCGAGAAACAGUCCCUGGGAAAGUCAUGGAAUUUUAUGAUUCCUUAAGAAUACGAGCCACGAUAAAGUGAACUUGAGUAGAGGGUAGAAAACUAGGAACGAGUUAAAAGCUGUAAUCUCUGGCUUAUGAGAUCUAAUAACAGCCUCCGCAGAUAACAAUUAGUCAUUAUCGCAUUUACCAUCCGCGGCACAGUGCAUCGUAGUCAGAACACUAUUUUCUUAAAUCUGAUAUGCACGAUCUUCACAGGAAAUAUCGAUAUUGGACAAAUUUUCUAUUCAUUGAUGAAUUCCACCUUUGUCUUAACACAGCCGCAAGUUUCUUUCACCUAAUUUUGACUUUUCGAGAGCUGCAACAGGGUAUUGUCGUAAAUAUGACUUGUCGAACAUAAUCGAGAAGCACUCUCUUAUCCGAUAAACCACUUAAAAUUGUACAAGAAUGCAAAGUUGAAAAAUUCCAUAUAAAUUCAACCAGAUUUAGCAGUAGAAGUCAAAUUUAUUUAUUGGGGAAUUCAUUUGAUCAUUAAAGCUUGCGUUUUACGUACAAGUAAAUUCGUCGAUACCGUUCAUAAGCAUGGGGUCCACGACGACGAGUCGGCGGUGAAUAGCAAUAGAAUCUUAAGAUCACCGGCUCAAAUUUCUUAGAUAAUUGAGAUAAUUGAAUAUAUUCAUAUUUAUUCCAUACUUUGAACCUUGCUGUCAAUCCUGGUUGAAAAGGCGCCAGACAAUGCCAGAGUGAUCGCAAGAAAUCAAGGCUAAUUUCUUGUUUGUCUCUAAUCAAAACAAUACCUCAGUAAGCACUAGACAGAAAUUGAAUGCAGUACGAACUGCGCAUGUUUUAUACACUGGUAAACGCGUUAUCUGGAUCGCGAAUUUUGGUUGAGGUAUUCGACAGAAGCUGGACAAGACACGCAAGAAUUAUGAAUUUAUUUUUUGAGUUAGCACUCAUCCAAAACAUUUGAGCCUGUUUGAGGAGCAUGGAGUAACGAUAUUCAGUGUUUGUUCUCAGUUAACAGUGUUUCCUUGAUGACCAGAUCUUUCUUUCCUAAAUAGAUUAUCAAGGUACGAAUUUUUUAUACUGUAAAAGAAAGCAGGUCACUCGGGGGCAUGUUCACUGUAUUCCAUUGGAAAGCAAUGCGUAUCUCUAAGAUGUUCUUAAAUCAUGAAUCAAUUUAGCCUGGUGGUUAAAAAUUAAAUUAUAAUUUUAUGGAGAACC